CACGUCACCGUUGCCUCUGAAACACCAGAACAUGAGUCUGGUGUUCUUAACCGCUAGGCCAUGACACUCCAAUAAGUUAUUGUUAUAACUUAUGUUAUGGGUACUUCGAUUGUAUAAAAACUGUUCAACACAACAGAGAUACUCCUUUCCGAAAUGGAAGAAGAAGGUUAUAAUAUAAUUCCUGAAAGCGAAUUGGCACAUUUAAAGCCAAUUGGUAGUCGGGAAAGCAGCAACAGUACGGUAUAUACGGCGUUGUGGACCCACGAAGGUGCAGAACGCAUGGUGGCUGCAAAAAGCUGCAAUAAAUUCCGGGAGGAGGAAGUCAAAAUUCUGGCAGCACUGCGGCACAAAAAUGUCAUCAAGUUUUUGGGACUUGUGAAACAGAAGUUCCCUCCGGAUGGUUUUUUCAUUGUGACAGAAUUGGCUGAGAAAGGCUCCCUCUGGUACGUGAUUGCUCAGAACCGCGGAAACUGGCAAGAAUACAAGAAGCCAGUUUGGAUGAAAUGGGCUAAGGAAGGGGCCGAGGCUCUGAUGUACAUCCACCAGAAGAAUUACCAACAUGGUGAUGUGAAGUCACCCAAUUCUGUUAUUACAGCUGAUGAUACAUUGAAGAUCUGUGACUUGGGCACAGCAAGAAAGUACAAUUGCACUGCAUCCACUAACACCGUGAGAGGAUCUUAUCCCUGGAUGGCACCAGAAGCCAUGGGCGUCAGUGAGCGACAAGAGGUAGACGGUCAAACCAGGAAAGCUUGCAAAGUCACAGCCAAGGCAGAUGUUUUCUCGUAUGCUGUAGUCCUUUGGGAACUGAUUACUGGCAAGGUUCCACAUGAAGAGAAGAGGGGGCAGUUUGAGAUUUACCUGGCUGUUGUUAAGAAAAAAGAGCGUCUUGAAAUCCCCACUGAGUGCCCUGAUACUAGUCUGGCUGAGCUCAUGGCGAGGUGCUGGGAUGCAGAUCACCGUCAGAGACCCGACAUGAAGGAGGUGCAUCAAUUCCUUGUUGAAUUUGAUGCAACAGAUGCAACUACCCCAACGUCACUAAGCAAAACAACCGCUGCAUCACACCACUCAGCGCCGGCCAACAUCAGCAACAGGAAGCGUAGGCAGAUAGCGCCGGCCAUCGUGAGCAUGAAAAAACGCGAGAUCCUGGGAAUGCUGGAGUAUAGGCAGGAGGACGACGUUAAAAUCAUCAAGACCAUCAUCAUAGACUUUAAUCCCAAGAAUGCGGAGAGUCAUCUACCGGGCUUACCGGCUUACAUCAUCUUCAUGUGCAUACGUCACGCUGACGAUAUCAACGACGAUCGGAAGGUCAAAGCACUUCUCACAGGUGUGGUCAAUGGCAUCAAGAAGACCGUCACAAAUCACUUUGAGGACUUUGAGUAUGUGUCCUUCUGGCUGACAAACACGAUUCGGUUGAUGCACACACUCAUGCAGUACAGCGGUGAAGAGAACCUCUCCAGUCAGAACACACACCGGCAGAACGAGCACUGUCUUCGGAACUUUGACCUGUCGGAGUACCGUCAGGUCAUGAACGAUCUCGGAGUUCACAUCUACCAAAUGCUUGUCGACAUCAUUAAGAACAAACUACAGCCGAAGAUUGUACCUGCCAUGCUGGAAACUGACGUCGCCGGUCUGUUCACCAUACACGACAGCCAGAAUAUAACCGUAGAAUCCUUAAUCGAUCAGCUCACCACGUUCCUAACAGUCAUGAAUAAUCACGGCAUGGAUCCUGAAGUCGUCAGGCAAGCCAUCAAACAGUCCUUGUACUUAGUAACCGCUAAUUAUAUCAACGACAUGCUGCUGUGGAAGGACAGGUGUUUUGGGGCCAAGGGUGUCCAGAUCAGGUACAUUGUGAGUGAGUUGGAAAAGUGGCUACAGAGCAGCAAACUCUACGAUCACAGCAUGGAGGAGACGUUGGAGCCCCUGGUCCAGAUAGCUCAACUGCUUCAAGCCGAGAAGACAACGGAA